CCUUCCUCCGCCGCUUGCACCGCACCUCACCACGCGCACCGCCGCGGCAGGCUAGUGCGCUCCGCUAGCUCGCCCUGAGCUGGCCUGCAAACAGCGCAGGACGAGCAUGGAGGAUGCCGCCUCGUCGAGCCGCAGCCGUCAGCACCAGCGCAGGCGUUGCCGGCACCGCUGCUGCCUUCCAGCGCCCAACGCGCGUACCGAGCGCUCCCUGCGCCCUCUUGUUUGCUCGGCAGCAAGCCGCAGCUGCGCUCUGAGACCGUGCAGGGUCGCGCAGCGGCGUGCUGCAGCGCAUCGCAGAGUGAGAUCUGGCACGGCACAGCGCAUCAUCGCUGCUUCCGGGGAGCACGGCGAGACCGGGCCGGCCUGUGCGUGCAUGCUGCGGCUGGCCGACGCACGGCGCAUGCACCUCAGCAUGUGGGCUCGGGCAGAGGCAGGAUCUGCGCCAGUGCAGCGCACACGCAAAAGGCCCGGCACUUGCGAGUCGCGUCUGCAGCGACGAGCGAGCGCGAGAGGGCAGCGCAGCAGAGAUGGCAAGAGCGUCGCAAGCGCGCCGGACGAACGCGCGCCGCGCGCGACGAGGCCGCCUCCGUGCAUGCUCGUCCUGCGUCCUCUUCUCGGGUCGCUCGCUCUGCUCAGGAGCGGGAGCGGGCGGGCGUACGCGCGCGCAUGCGCAGGAGCGCUGCGACGGCGACUCGAUUAGGGGAAGGGAGGUGGCGCCGAGGAUCUCUCAUGCAGCGCCGCGGGCGUCCAAGAGGGCCCAAGCAGCCGCACGAAGGCAGCGCGCAGCGUGCCCUGUGACAAAGUCAGCAGCAGACGGUGACGGAGCGGCCGAGAGAGAGCUGCAGGACGCUGCAAGCCGCCG